AUGUCCGAGAUGACAUCAACAACUAUUAAUAGAGAUAAAGAAGAGCAAGAACAACAAUCACAAAUAAUAAUACAAUCAUCAUCAUCAUCAUCAUUAUUAUUACAACAACUACCAAAUAUAAUACAAUUAAAUAUAAUUAAAGAGAUUACAAAACAAUGUAAUCUAAUCAUUAGAUCAUGUAAUAAUAGUAAUAAUAAUAAUAAUCAAGAUGAUCAGAUAAAGAUGAUGAUGAUGAUAUGGUUACGGUAUGCAUUGGUCAACAAGUAUUGGUUUAGUCAUGUUGUUAAAAGACUAAGGACUGUACUUUAUAUUGAUCACCCAUUCUACAGUAUCAAUAAUCAAAUGCAACAUGACCUGUCGCUGACACUGGAACAUAACCAAAACUAUCAUUGUUUUGAUCUUGGUCAAAGUGGACAUGCUGUGGAGACAUUGCAUUUGAACAAUUUAGAUGUGGCCGAUAGUCUGAUCGCCAGUGGAUUUUAUUCAUCUUGCUAUUCAAAGCAAAAUUGGCAAGCUAUCAAAGCAACACGUGCACCCAUACACAAUCUAUUUCCAAAUUUGACCAAAGUUAAAAUAGAAUUGGAAAACAAUCAAGAGAGUUUACGUGAACUUGCUUUGUUUAUUGGUACCGAUAAAAAGAUUCAAAUACAUCUUACUCUAUUGGGGUUCCCUAUAUUAUCUGCCAAUGAAUUAUUACAAGACUUGGAUGGGAAAGAAAAGAAAGACAAUCAAGACAGUAGUAGUAGUAGUAUAAUUGAUAAAUUAAUAAUAGUAGAGAAUAUAUUAAACGAAUAUCAAGUAUUUAUUAAAGAUACACGUGUUAGGAAAUUGGUUAUAAUGACAACAGAACAACAACAACCAGAACAAUCUCAACAAUUUCUGGAGAAUGUAUUUAGAAUUAAUGGAACAUUUACACAAUCAUUUCAAUAUUUACAAUCGAUUCGAAUUCAUUCAGAUACACUUGGAGCUAAUUGUUUACUGGUCAUUUUAAACUCUCUCCCACUCUUGGAAUCAAUAUUCAUACCAUUGGAUAUUGUUAGAGACAGUGACAAUAGUCUUGUCAUUUUUAAACAAUUGGUUCAAUUCUUUUCAACACAAACCAAGAUUACUUCAAUUGGUAUGCACUCUAAAAGUGUAUUUAAAGAGUCGGGAUGUUACUUAUUACAAUUUAUCAUUGAAAAUAAGGCAGUACGUAAAUUCAUAUUUAAAGGUGACGAUCUUGUCAGUGUCCCAAACCACACACCCAAUUUCAACAAAAGGGCAUUAAAGAGUAUCAUUUCAAAUGGUGGUAUUACAACAUUGACCAUAGAUAAAUCAUUCAAUGAUAAAAUGUUUGAAUUCUUUGCAUCCCCUGGUGUGACCAACGAUUCCAUUAGAUACUUGACAAUUACAAAUAUCAACACUACGGGUAGUUCAGUCAAUGGAUAUACGAUUCUAGCACUUCUCAAAACCUUUACCAAUCUUUACACGUUGACUAUUACAGGAUCCUCAAUGGGUACCACCACCAAGUCAUCAACUGGAUACACCAAUCGAAACAAUCUUGUACAAACUACCGAUUACAUGGUAACAAAUCUCGAUUCACUACAACGUCUCAUUGUCAAAGUGGAAGAGGAAGAAGAAGGGGAUGGAAAAGUAAAUCUAUUCAACUCUCUAAGAUACCUUUUUAUCAAUACCAACCUACCAACUCGAUUCAACUAUGAGAUACAACAUACAAUCUAUAAAGAUACAUUUAUUUAUAUUGGUACAAAUAUUUAA